CUUGUAGCGUUGUGUGCGCAGCGUGUGGCUGCUGCUGCUGCUGGUGCUGAUGAUGAUGAUGAGAGGAGAGGAAGGUCCAACAAACCUGUCAGCGGAGAACCAGCGGCUUCAGAGCAAACAGCAACUUCACCUGUCACUUGUGAAUGUGGUAGCCUCUGUUGCCUUAUCAUCAUCACCUGUGUUGUUCCUGACGAAAGCAGAAUUUGCCCAACAAAUGAAGGAGUGAGUUGAGAGUGCGCAGCCGGAGGUUCGAGAGAGAGAGAGAGGGAGAGAGAGAGAGAAGUCCAAAAUAGAUUUGGCACAAGUGAAAAUGUCCAAAUGGGUCUCGUCGCAAUGGGAUUUGAGUUGAAGAACACGUAAGCAGUGAGAAGUCACCCUGAUCCAGCCCGUUGUUAAGGUAACUGGGAACUUGAAAAGGCGUUUCUUGACCUGCUGGGAUGUUGUGAACGACACGUCGCCUGGAACAGAAGGAGCGGGGACGCAGAAGGAAGAGAGGGGGAAACCAGGGCUGGACGUGCACCGGAGGGAUUAUGGCUCUCGCAACGUUUUCUCUCAGCCUCAUCACGCUGGCGCUUACAAACUUGCACCUGUCGAGAGCCAGCGACCGGCAUGCGGUGUACUGGAACAGCUCAAACCUACUGUUGCGGAGGGAGGGAUACACGGUGCAGGUCAGCGUCAAUGACUACCUGGACAUCUACUGCCCACACUAUAACACCACCCAGCGAGGGACGCUAGAGCGCACCGUGGCCGAGCAGUACAUCCUCUACAUGGUCAGCUAUCGUGGCUACCGCACCUGCGACCCCCAGCUGGGCUUCAAGCGUUGGGAGUGCAACCGGCCCCAUGCGCCUCACGCUCCCAUCAAGUUCUCUGAGAAGUUUCAACGCUACAGCGCCUUCUCGCUGGGCUACGAGUUCAACGUGGGCCAGGAGUACUACUACAUCUCCACGCCCACCCACCACCACGGCCACAGCUGCCUGAGACUGAGGGUGUACGUCUGCUGCUCCACCGUCUCCCAGGCAGAUGAUGACUCCAGUCAGACUCCUCCCGAGUACACAGUCAGGCCAAACAUCAAAAUACACAACAUCGAUGAAUUUAACCCCGAAGUACCCAAACUGGAGAAAAGCGUCAGCGGCAGCAGCCCAUCACGUGACCGCCUUCUUCUCACCGUGGCGAUGCUGCUCCUGUCCGCCGUCCUUUUGUCCUAGCGACAGUGAGUGACUGACACUUCAUGCCUAGCUGGACCGCCUUGUUCAAAGGGCUUUGUAUCCACCAAGUUGUUGAUGUGAAAGUUGGCAGAAACACAGAAGUAGAAGUGAAACAGAAACCACAAUCAAAAAGGGACACAGAAAGAAAUUCAAAAAAAAAAGGAGAGGCCUUUUUUCUGUCAUAUUUACACCAGUGUGUUUUGACACUCCAUGUGUUGUUGGACAUCGAUAUCAUAUGAAUACCACAGCAUUUCAUGCAGGUGACCACAACCACAACCUAUAUUGAGAAUCAGACUUCUGUGCUGCUGUCAUGCCUGACACCCAACGGACGAGUGAGAAAGUGGACUAAUGAUUUGGAUGUAGACUACACGCUUAUUGUAGCAUGAACCAAGGAUCAAAUCACCCGAGGAAAUUAAGCUGCGCCGUCUCCAGCUGAUGAAAGCAAAGGGUUUUUUGUAGCUGUAAGCUUUGAAGAAGGUGGCAAACGUGGACUUCUGCACUGCAGUGAAUUUUUAGGUGUUGGACCACGGAGCGGGUGCGCUGACAGCUUAAAGUCAACUUAAAUGUAGUAUUAGCAAGCUGGACUCUGGAACUGUACUGAUCUCACCUGAGCUAUACAGGAUAUUUAUAUAAUCAGUCAGUGAUGAGAACUGCUGCCAUUGUCCUGGACAUUGUGGAAUGUUUUCACACUGGUGUGAGAGAGCUGCUGGUAAUAAGAGCCCAAGGUGGCUCUUAGGAAAAGACUUUGUGUGGAUAUCCACCGGCCUUUCAAAAAAUCCAUUUUCUCCAGACAUCAAAAAUACCCCUGGCUUUGUGAUAGGUACAGAUGCAAAGCCUGUGUUUCUUAGAAGAUAGUGAGUGCCCUCUUAGAGCUAGUCCUUUGUCAGUAUUUCCUGCCUUCACACUGUAACAACCCUAGAAAAAUACAGACCCAGGACUAGUAAUUUGACGGCACUUAGACUUGGUAGAUGUGUGUUUUGUUCCAAUGCAUUUACCUUCAGCAAUUCGUGUAGAUUUUCCGGAUGUCAGACCUUUCCUCGUCGCAGCAAUCAGCAAAGUCAUUCAGAAUACCACUAAUUUACAAUUCUUGAAAACCUCUCUCAGCAGCAAGUUCCCUUUUAAUCCCAGACAACCCCCGUCUAUUCCUUUUCCACUUCAGAGGUUCCCAGCCAAUCAGUGCUGAUGGCCAUUACAGCAGUCACAGUCACCAUGGAAACGACCCCAUACAGUCGCCAGAGAGCGGCAGGUGCCUGAGGAGAAAUUGUGCUUUGAGUCUCAAAGUAACGCUGCCGCCAUUUUGUUAAUAAAAAAUAAGAAAAAAACGAAAGGAAAAAAAAAAAAGAGAAACACGUGUGAAUGUGCAAAUAAAGAAGUACACUUUUUUAUAUUGUAAUACAGGACAAUGUAGGCUGGCAUUAAUCAAAUUACAAUGUUGUGCUUUGUUUUUUUUUUAUUUAUUUACUUUUCAGAUGUAUUUAUUUUAACAUUAAAGGAUAUUAUUUAUCUACCUAAUUUAUUAGUGUGCAUUUGUAGGCCUUUGCUCAGUAAGCUAUUGUGCCAUUUUUUUAUUUUUUAUUUUUUAAACAGUGGAAUUUUUACUGCAGCAUUUUUGCUUGUGUAGAUAAAUAGUCAGAUGUAAUUCAGCCUGACAAACAGAGAGGGUUAUUGGUUCUGACUAAUCAGUAGGGAUAUACGCUGAGUAACCCUACUCUCAUGUAACAGAUACUGCUAACCAGAGCAUGUCAUAAACCAACUGUGAAUGCACAGACAGAGUCGAUGUUGAUGGAAGGGCAGCAUUCCUCGAGCGCUGUACAUGUGAAAGGAAGGAGUCUGCAUUGUAAUGUAUAUUUAUAAUACAUGCCGGUUAUGGAAUGUGCGUGUGUAUGUGCACAAGCGUGUAUGAGUAUGUGUGUGUGUGUGUGUGCGUGUGCGUGUGUGGCUUUAUCUGCCUGCUUUCCUGAGUGUGUGCCUGUAUGUGUGUGUCUGUGGGGGCGAGUAAGAGAGAAAAAAAAAACAUAUGUGUGCACAUUUGUGUGCGUAUGUAUGUAGAAUGUGUUUGUCCGCGCUUUUCGAGUAUGUGGCAUUUAGAAAUUUCGUACCCGUUAAGGAGUUGUUUGUAGGAUCUUGAAUAUGCAAGUGUGUAUGAGAGAAUGUGCUCUUCUGUAAUGUUAGUUUACGUUACGGGGUUUGGGAAGCGGGGCGAAAAGCAUUUACCGAUGUUGAAGACAACCACAAGAAAUGUGUUUACCUUUGACAAGAAUGAAUAAAAAAAAAUAAAAAAAAAUGUAAAUUGAUCCAAGAAUGAUUAAAACAAUGCCAAUUAAAAUCUUUUUUGCAAAUUUACUUUUGUGUGUUUGUUCAUGGGCGCAUAACAAACUAACUGCUAUGUUUCUUUGCACAGAAAUAAUGUCCAGCCUUCCCCCUCUGUGUCUAUCUGUCCUUUCUUUAUCUUAACAGUGACUCCUUCACCUUCACUCACCCUGCACUCACUUCUGUUUGUUUUUC